AUGGCGCCAACAAUCCACCCUUUCCACCCUUUCGAUCUCGAACAAAAAGUUCAAAUCCUCCCCACGGGAAAACUGCGCAAACCUCAAGCCCAGCAGAAACUCUCCGACUGCGCGUUGAUGGAGAUUAUGCAGUUCAAUUGUGAUGUGCAAGCACACAAAAAACACAAGAAUGGGAUUGUGGUGUGUGAGCCGAUUCAGAGGGUUUUUAGAAGGUGUAAAGAUGGACUUAUGGUUGAGACGACGGCUUGGGAGACGGAGAGUUGA